GCGGGAAUGUGCACAAAAUAAUGUGAAAAGGAUAGAUUGCAGGGUACUGGAAGCGGAAGGUGGACCAAUUCAAAGUUGGGUGAUGGCGAAACCAGCUCCUGACGACAACUAUCGGCAAUCCUAUCUUCCCUUUGUGAAUGUAGAGCAAUUUCGUGCCAAAGCGAAGUCCCUGCUGCCAUGGAGUGUCUACGCAUUCUAUUCAACCGGCGCUACUGACGAGGUGACUUUGAAGGAGAACCAGCGAGCGUUCACACGUCUGCUCUUCAAAUGGAGGUGCUUGCGAGGUGUCAGUGGCGUGAACCUUCAGACAACGGUUCAAGGCGAUACAAUUGGCUCGCCAGUAUGCGUGGCCCCCGCCUCGCUGCAAGGCCUGGCUCAUCCGGGUGGGGAGGUCAGCAUGGCGCGAGCAUGUGCAGCAUCCAACACGCUGAUGACCUUGAGCACGAUGUCAAGCUGCAGUUUGGAGGAUGUAGCUGAAUGCGCCGCGGACAGCCCAUCGCCCAAGUGGUUCCAACUGUACACACUCACCGACCGUGAAAUCACAAGGCGGCUGGUGCAGAGAGCCGAAAAAUCCGGCUACAAAGCAUUGGUGAUGACCAUAGAUUUACCUCGUGUUGGCAUAAGAUAUGUUGGCGAUCAGGCGUUCAAGUUCCCACCGUUUGCUUCACUUCCAAACUUUUCCGACUUGCACAGGGAUCCAAGCACCAAGGUUAGCAGCAGCAGUAUCAGCAGCAGAAGUGCACCAGACAAACCCUUAGAAAUUGUUCUGGAUAGAAUCAUCACUUGGGACGAUGUGGCCUGGCUGAAAUCAAUCACGAAGCUACCCAUCAUCGUGAAAGGUGUAAUGAGUGCUGAAGAUGCUACUGAAGCACUGAGGAGAGGAGUGUCUGGUAUCUGGGUAUCCAAUCAUGGUGCUAGACAACUCGACUCAACUGCAGCCACUAUAGAAGUUCUACCGGAAGUGGUGCAUGCCGUCAAUGAUCGUGCGGAGGUGUACGUGGAUGGUGGUGUUCGUAAUGGUGGAGAUGUUCUGAAGGCGCUGGCACUGGGAGCACGGGCAGUGUUUGUUGGUCGUCCAGCUCUGUGGGGUCUUGCAUGCAAUGGUGAAGCUGGUGUGUCGCAAGUUCUAGAACUUCUCAACAAGGAACUGGAACUAACGGUUAUCCAUGGCAUUGUGUGGAUGUCCAUCUGUGCUUGAUGUUCCCGAGUCAAUUGUAGUUGCAGCAGCACGAUACCGAUCGGCACUUUGAGCGCCGCUCUCAGAAACAGGUACAUCAAGUACUAGUACCUGUUUUUGUUCAGCCAAGUAAAAUUCAGGCAGGCAUUGUCCUUCUUUGAAUGGUUUUCUCGGAGACAAUGCAAUGCAAGAUCCAGAAAAGUACGGGCCUGAUCAUGGAUCUCCUUUUUUAAAACUUUGAUGGCACCAUUUUCGUGUCAUAGGAGCUUAUCUAGUCAUCUUGGCUCUUGUUAUCCGUAUCUCUGCAAGCAGACCUUGAUUGAUGUACAUGUCUACAGUGCAUUUCAAAACUAUAGACGCGUAGGGCUUUUGAAAUAUUUCAAAUUUGGCUGGAACUUUUUGAGAAUAGUUUUCGGAAUAUUGCUCAGGAUCGCUCCACAAUUACUCUCAUAUAGUUUCUAAAGGAUUGGAUAACAGACGCCCAAUUUGGAAAAAUUUAUGCACAAAGUGAUCACAGAUUUUAUGUGGUAUAGAUUAUUCAUUAGGCCAAACUAAAGAAAGUGGGGCGGAGGGGACUCAAGACGUUGUCUGAUCUCCUCUCCCUCCGGGAGAUUGCACAGGGCAGAGGGGAGUGGAAGGACCUUUGCAAGGACGUCUGCAAGUCCAAUAGUGGCGUCUACGACUAAAACCAAAUAAUAUUGCUCCGAAAUAUCACAGUACUGCUUUUCAUAACUGCUGCAGUAAUAAUAAUUAACAUCUUUUUUAAAUACCAACAAAAUUCCUCUCUUAACGUAGUGCGUGGAUCUGCACUGAUCCACCUGCCACCAUUUUACUGGAUUAUUCUCAAAACGGAGUCGACAAUGCCCUUUAUCCUGUGUCUGCGUCCUCUGUUCAAUCUGAGCAAUGCUGUCAUGUGCCCCUUAGCAGGUACAUGUACGUCUUGUAUUGUAUUUCUAUUUCUGUUGUCGUUGCUCUUUUUAUUUUUAUUUUUUCAUUUCCCAAUUCCCAAGUCCAUUCAGCACGUGCGAAUUUGUGGGCGGUUUACCACCGCUGACAUUGACGCGUGCUUGUGCCUGG